AUGGCCCAAACUCAGCAGGGCCUCCUUCUACAACUGGAGAGAGAAGGCUGGGCUCUCCCUUCGAUGGCCCCUCUUAUGCAAGCCCUACAGCGAUUGGUACAUAUCAACAUAAUCGAGCGAGAUGCUGAGAGUUCCAUUCGCAGCCUUGUACUAGCCCAGAACUACUUCAAGGAGGCACUCAGCGACGACAACCAGCGCCCUCCGGCUCUCAGACUACCAUCAACCUCCAGCUCGACCAAUAAUUCCUCAGCGUCAAACCAAUGGAACCUACCAGGUCCCGACGCCAUCACUCAAGAUGGAACAGAUAUAGUAGAUGCCCAGGGUCUAACCGCCAUAGUCUACCUCGAAGCCAGCAUCGACACUACAAAUACCAGUAUUUCUCGAAACCACUUCUUGUACAGGUUAUACCUCGACAACCAUUUCCUAACCUUCCGUUGCCGGGAAUGCAGGACGCAAUUCGGCUCGAAUGAGGAGCUCAAGAGCCACUUGCUACUUGAUCACCAACUCACCUUCAUGGGCUCGGAGGCUCUCCACGACACGAUCUGCAAGGAGUGCAAUCCCCACCUCGACUUCCCCGAGCUGGAAGAGAAUACGAGCGCCGUCAAUUCAGACUUGAUACGGUUCAUCUUGGAAGGAUGGAGGUCCAGGAGGGAGGUUGCGAUUGAGUCUGGACAUUCGUGCGAUGCAAUACGCAUCCUUGAGCAGAGGGUCAAAGAGGAAGACUUGAGACCAGAAAGCGAGCCCAGGGGCUCAACAAAAAACAAGAAGGGCUGCUUAACCUGCAGGGCGCGCAGGGUCAAGGUAUGGAAGGGGUUCCCGAUCGCUAGAAGAACCUUGCUAACCGAUCCGUCCAACUUGAAUAGUGUAGUGAGAAUCACCCUGUCUGUAGAGAAUGUGCCAGGGACAGGCGCCGGGUCUGCUACUGGGGUUAUCGUCCAGAUCCGCCAGACGAGACUAGAGAUACAAUCACGGUUGAUCCAGGGUUAUUCAGGAGGUAAAACAUAG